GAAUAAAGAAAAGUUACGAAAACGGAAAAAUUUAACUUUGUAGUUUGCAAGUCUUCGUUUGUGUACUUUGUGUAUAGAUUUAGUUAGUUGUAGCAAAUUAAUAAUAGUGCUAGCAAAUAGACAUAUAACUAAAGAGUUAUAUAGCAAUACUUUGAUAAUAUAAAAUGCAUUAUGUACAAAAAUAUUUGGAUAAAUUGCAGGCACCGAAGUUAAAUAACACAUCUUUGAGUAAUGGAUACAAAACAAAUAUAUUUUUAUAUUGCAAUUAUUACAGCUUUUACUCUCAAAAGGUUUUGAUGGCACUAUACGAAAAAAAUAUAGACUUCGAACCAAUAGUUAUAGAUAUAACUAAAGGUGAACAGUAUUCUCCAUGGUUUCUGGAACUUAAUCCUCGGGGAGAAAUCCCAGUUCUUAAAGUAAACAAAUCCAUUAUUCCGGAUUCCACCAGAAUUUUAGAUUAUUUGGAGAUGUACCUGGAUCAAGAGAACCCACCAUUACUGGAGGUUUCUCAAGAUCCGAAAGUAAUGAUGAACAUUGUUAAGUUUCGGGAACUAAUUGAAGCCCUGCCUGCUGGUGUAAUUACUGUGGGAUCAUUCUUCCAUCCACAUCUUUCUGGACGGCCCAAAUUACCAUUCAUUUUGCCAGUUAGAGAAGUGCUCAAAAGUGGUGAUUUAAGUAAUUCUAAAAAUCUAAGAAGGUUGGCUGAAGAAAAUCCAAAGGCCAAGAGUGUUCUUCUAUACAAAGCAGAGAUACAGGAUCGAAAACAAGAAAUACUUACCAAUGAAGAAGAAUAUCUUAAAAUCAUUAAUAUAGUUGAUGAUGUACUUUCACAAGUUGAAGAGCAGUUGAAAAAACAAAAUGAUGAUAGUUGGCUUUGCUGUGAUAAAUUUAGUAUUGCUGAUAUUAAUUUGGCUGUGCUUUUACAACGUUUGUGGGAGUUGGGGCUGGAUGAGCGCUUUUGGGCAUUCGGCAAACGCCCCUACAUUGAGAAUUACUUUGUCCGUGUCAAACAAAGAGAUUCUUUCCAAAAGACCAUUCCUGGCCUACCGGUCCAUGUUAAAAUGAUUUUGACAUCACAACCGCCUAUAUAUGUUGCUUCGGCGGGAAUUGUGUCCAUUUCUCUUGUGAUUACAUUGGCAUAUCUUUUCAAGAAAUUAAUAUGGUAAUAGAGAUAAUUAUGGAAAAUUAGUAAGUAUUAAAAUGUAAUAGAAAUACCAAAAUUCAUAUUAUCACAGUAUUAAUCAAUGUCUUCCUUCAAAUUGUUUGUAAUAUCAAAGACUUGUUAUAGCUAGAGCCUCAUCAAGAAUAUUAACAUUUUGAUAUAACUUAUACACUUUAAUAAUUUACAACAAAAUACAUUUCUUCAAAUAUAUUUUUGCUAACAAGUGAAAUUAUUUUCUAUAAAUAAUGACAACUUGUUUAUAAAUUAAUAAAAAACUCUUACUAAUCACAUUGUUCCGAGGCUAUGUGAAAUUAAAUCAUUCCAAAGCAGCUUUAAUGCGGUAUUUUGAAAAAUAAUAAAAUGCAUUACAAUUAUUACACAACUGUCCAGAUGAAUAAAGAUUAUAAAUAUAUUUAUAUCCAGUGUUAUCCCAUAAUCAGUAUUAUUUUUAGUCUAAAGUUAUACUUAAUUUAUUUAAAUAAAGUUAUUUACAAAAAUAUACAAAAGGUGCAAUAAUAA